GGCUGGCAAGGGCCCAGGUGUGGCCCGGACUGAGUGGCUUAUUGGGAGCUUGGGAGGAGCCGGAGAAGAGACCGGUAACAGCAACCUGGGGGCGACUUUGCUCUGUGACAGAAGGGAAAUGACACUCAUCCCUUAUUAUUCAUCUCCAAUGCUCCGCCCCUUCGCUGAUUCACCCAAUCACACGCGGAUCUCCUAAACUGGCACAAAUAGUCUCCAAUCUUAAAAUAGAUAUGGCCACACCCACUCAGAAAUUGACAAGCACAACGACCAAUCAGAAUCUGCGUCUCGCACACGGAAACCCUAGGGAUUUCCGGCCCCUGGAGCGACCUGCCGGAAGCGCUGGGUGCCUAUAUAAGUUUCCGCGUUUCUCUCAUCUGCAGCAAGCAGUGAAAAUGUCAAAGCCAGAGGACCUAGGAGAUGCUAAUGGCGACGCCGACCGCGGCGACCUUUCCGGGGACCUGCGUAGUGUGCUGGUCACCAGCGUGCUCAACCUCGAGCCUCUAGAUGAAGAUCUCUACAGAGGAAGGCAUUACUGGGUACCUACCUCCCAGCGGCUCUUUGGGGGUCAGAUUGUGGGCCAGGCUCUGGUGGCUGCAGCCAAGUCCGUGAGUGAAGACGUCCACGUGCACUCCCUGCACUGCUACUUUGUCCGGGCAGGGGACCCAAAGGUGCCAGUGCUGUACCAUGUGGAGAGGACACGAACAGGAGCAAGCUUCUCAGUGCGUGCAGUGAAGGCUGUGCAGCAUGGCAAGGCCAUCUUCAUCUGCCAGGCCUCCUUCCAGCAGAUGCAGCCCAGCCCCCUGCAGCACCAGUUCUCCAUGCCCACUGUGCCCCCCCCAGAGGAGCUGCUGGACCAUGAGGCCCUCAUUGACCAGUACUUAAGGGAUCCUAACCUUCAUGAGAAAUAUCGAGUGGGGCUGAACCGAAUUGCUGCCCGAGAGGUGCCUAUUGAGAUCAAGCUGGUGAACCCACCCGCCCUGAACCAGCUGCAGACACUGGAGCCCAAACAGAUGUUCUGGGUGCGAGCCCGGGGCUAUAUUGGGGACGGCGACAUCAAGAUGCACUGCUGUGUGGCUGCUUACAUCUCUGACUACGCCUUCCUGGGGACGGCACUGCUGCCUCACCAGUCCAAGUAUAAAGUGAACUUCAUGGUCUCGCUGGACCACUCCAUGUGGUUCCACGCCCCAUUCCGUGCUGACCACUGGAUGCUCUACGAGUGUGAGAGCCCCUGGGCUGGUGGCUCUCGAGGGCUGGUACAUGGGCGGCUGUGGCGUCGGGAUGGGGUCCUUGCUGUGACCUGUGCCCAGGAGGGUGUGAUCCGAUCGAAGCCUCGGGUAUCCGAGAGUAAACUAUAGUUGGAGAUUAACUCGCUCGCCUGGGGCUCUAAGGACUCUUUCUGCUGCCAUUCCUUUGGCAGAGGUCACAGUUGAGCUGGGCUUCCUGCCUCUUACAUCCAAUAAAGAGAUUGCUAACACUGGA